CACCUGAAGGCAGCAGUCAUGUGUGUGUACGUCGUGAACACGAUAAGGAUUAUGGGUACAGCAUGGGGUGAGUUGCAUAAGGUUACCAAAGGCAACUGUGACAAUGGUGGCUGUUUCAGCCCCGGUCCGUGGUUCAGACGCUGCCUGUAACGCUGCGUCCUCCUCGCUCUGAUGCAGCGGAUCACCAGCCUCGCUGCAUGCCGGGAGCUCGGCGGCCUCGCAGCGUGCUCACCUGGGCUCUGUGCCUGGAAAAGGUACCCGACCUGCAGCAAGCAACCGGCCGUGCACUGGCAGUGGGUGGGGGUGUGUGUGAGUCCUGGGCGUCGUUUCACCGGGGAGCCCGGAGCGCAGGGCCGGAGGAGGUUCCUGUUCGCCGGUCAGAAAUACAGACUGUUCAGCUCACAGCCCGGAGCCGGGGAGCCGCCGGGGAGAUCCGGCGGUCAGCCCAGUAUCUCCGUGGUCGGCAUCCCGGACCCGAUCACAUGGAUCCGGUGUAAAGUCAUCAUGUAUCUCAUCGAUCUGUACUUUGAGUUAGACGUCAACUCUGCAGAGUUUGACAGAGGAGUAAAGCAGGCUUUGGUCCAUGUGUCCAAAAUGAUGUCCAGUGGCAGAUACCACAAGCUAGUGGGGAUAGUGUCCAAUGAGAUGAUUGAUUAUGUUGAGAAGAGGUGCAGGUCUCUCACCGACGCUCAGAGACAGCAGCUAGCCGUCACAAUGGAUGAUAUUAUAUUUAUGCUGCCGGAAGACGUGUCUGUCGUCGUUGAUCAAUACGGUAGAAAGUUCUGCUUCAUCGUCAUGAGGUUUUGGUUCCUGUCAACACUUGAAGGCCCUGAUGACCCCGAGGGCACAAAGAUCUUCAAAGUGGCCUCUGGUGAAGAUGGCGGCCCACAGAAGAAAAUAGUGACAGCAGUCUAUGAAUUCCACCGAGAGCUAACGAGGGGAGCCUCUCCUGACUGGACGGUCAAGACUGUUUGGCACUGGCACUGGAAACUGGCUGAGUGAUUUGACUCGACACUGCAAGGCCAUUUGUCAGUCAUCAGGACACAACAGGGGAGUAGUGAUUGGCUGAAUUUACUUAUGCGUCAAAGACAACUUUAAACUGGACCACGGGCAAAGCGAGCAGCAGAUUGAUUGUUGAAUAGAUCGACUGUCUAUUAGGAUCACAUGAAACGGGACCCAGAGCCAUAGCACUGAAGCUGUGCAGCAACUGAAGACCUCAGAACUUUAUAAAUGAACCCACCCUCCUACUUGAAGUCGUCCUCUGACCGUCAGAUGCCUUUAUACCCCCCACCCAGUGAUUUUACACAGUUAAAAACUAACACUCGUACUGUACAACUCCUCCUUUUAGCUUACAAUAUAUGAAUAGAGUGAUGAAGUCACUGGAGGAAGACUUUUAAACUGUCUCUUGCUAAAAAUAUCUGUUUAGGUGUUUCCAAAAAACUUCACUCCAGGUAGGUCCAUGUACUAGCUUUUUCAACCACAUGUCAGUCUUCCUCGCAAAUGGAGUUUGCUCAGUUGUCAUGGUGAGUAUUUUUUAUUUUUUUUGUCAAACCACUAUUUCCAAGGUCAAUAAUGAAUUUUGACACUCAACUCCUUUGAGUUUGUUAAACCCAAUAUCUUGUAUCAAUAAAUUGCGUGAUUAUAGCACCAAA